CAGUUCCGUAGGAGUCCUUGCUUUAUCGCGGCGCGUAUCAACUCACACCUCAGCAUUUGCAUCCCACUUCAUGGAAGACGCCGCGCCGGAGGCCAAGCAGUUUGCUGCCUUUGAACGCAGAAAUGAGUUCAUUGACUUACAGAAUGCUAUCCUAUCCAAGGAUCUCACCGUCGAGCCAGAGUACGAUGAGCGAGGCUCGGAAUGGAUCAAGGUCGAAGGACUGGCUGCUAUACUAUCAGAGUACCAGGAGCAAGCUUACUUGCUGGAUCCACAUCUAGAAGCGCUCGUUACCCCAGUCAUGGGACGUCUCCGCGAGCAUGCAUACCUACGGCACACCCAACACGUCCAAUCAUCCACAUUUCGCUUGAGAGCGUUGGCAGUCGUUAUCUACAACUAUGUCAAGUUUCGGGGGCAUAAAACUAUAGCUCGCUUCUUUCCUCAUGAGGUCGCCGACUUGACGAUCGCUGUUACCUUCAUGAAUUCGACAGACGACGUUACGAAUGGGCUUUCCCAGUGGUCCUUGCGCUAUGCUCUCCUCCUUUGGAUUUCUCUCAUCAUUCGUAUACCGUUCGAUUUGUCGCAAUUUGACGAGGACGACGCCAAAGAAUCGAUUGCUGAAGUGAUUGAAUCUCUUGCUAGAAGGCAACUCAGCAGGGCCGGACUCGAGCGUGAGAGUGCUGCAGAACUGUUGGCUAGGCUAUAUAUGAGGAAGGAUGCUGCCGCCCGUCUCCCCGGCUUCAUUGCUUGGUCGUGUGAGUCAAUUAAAGAGCAGUCCGACGUGUUUGCUGCCAUUGGAAUACUGCAAGUCCUUUGUCUCUACGUGAAGAGUUCCUCGAGCGAUGAUGCGGCUCGGAUUAUGACCGCCCUGCUAGCAAUCGCCAAAGAGGUGAAGCAUGGCGGGGUAUUGUACAGCAAUACCCUUGUAAGGAAGUUCAGGACUAAGCUGCUUUAUCGUAUGGCUUUGCACCUCGUCCCUCCUUCUGUGAGCUCGUCAAGGAGGCAACGCCGAACGCUAGUCGGGUCUUUUGUGGGUGGACAGGACUUUGCGGAUUCCGAAGAUGAGGAUGUGUCCGAAGAAGUUGAAGUGGUCUUAGAACAGCUCUUCGAAGCUUUGCAAGAUAAGGAUACUGUAGUACGCUGGUCAGCGGCCAAGGGGGUUGCUCGACUUGCUGAGCGCCUGCCACCAAGCUUCUCUAACCAGAUCCUUGAAAGCGUAUUGGGGCUAUUUGAGAUUCACAGUAUGGCAGCUGCCAGCCUAUAUGAUAUGCCAGCGAUUGCGGAAGCCACCUGGCACGGUGCGACCCUGGCAUGUGCCGAAAUGGCUCGACGAGAGCUCGUGCCCCAAGAUCAUCUUUCGCAGUUGAUGAGCUGGCUGUACAAGGCACUCUUCUUUGAUAUUCGCAAAGGUGCUCAUUCAGUGGGCUCGAAUGUCCGAGAUGCUGCUGCAUACGCGAUAUGGUCCUUAGCUCGCGCGCAAAACACCUCUGAUCUCGCUCCAUACGCCGACAAGCUUGCGCAGAAUCUUGUUGUCGUUGCUUCGUAUGACCGCGAGGUGCACAUUCGCAGAGCUGCUAGUGCAGCCUUUCAGGAACAUGUCGGUAGGAUGUCCUUGUUCCCUCAUGGCAUCGACGUACUUCGGAAGACCGACUUUUAUGCGGUCAGCGUUCGACGAAAUGCUUUUGUCAUUGUGGCCCCACAAGUAUCCGAGCAUCCUGAAUAUCGCAAUGCUUUACUAGAUCAUAUCAUGAAUGUCUCUAUCCGACACUGGGAUGCAAGUAUUAGAGAAUCUGCGGCUCAGUCUCUCUGCGGGAUCUGUCAACUGAACUUGCUGGAGCUAGGACCUCAGUGUAUCAAUAGACUUAACAGCCUCUUUGAGUCCGUUGAUAAUUCUGAUGUUCAUGGCGCUUUGCUUGGGUUGACGGAUCUCGCUAAAGCCUUUAAUGAGGCUACGGACGCGAAGAGUCUCCAGUGUAGAGGAAAAAUUUUUGCCAGCUUGGAACUUGUGCCUCCCGCUAUCCUGAACUCACCUAGGAACGAGCUAGUCAUGGUCGCUGCCUGCCAUCUCAUAGCAACGAGCAUCAGUCAUGAAGAGCUAGCGGGGAAGGCGACAUCGCCACAUUGGAGAAAGGUGAUCGACUUGAGUUUACGACAUCGAAGCUCCGUUGUUCAAGAAGCGGCGGCAGAGGCUAUGAAAGCGCUGAGCCGUCUAGAAGACUGUUCAACUCAGAUUCAACAGCUGAUCGCAGAGUUCAUCAAGGGAGCGCCUCAUAUUCAACAAAGUCUCUGCCGUGUCUUGGGAGUAUUUGACUACAGAACGUAUCCUCAAAGUCUCCGAAGUGUUAUAGACUGCCUGUUGCAAAGCAUAGAUUCAAAGUCGAGCACGAGGUUGCAAAAUGUGGAAGCAAGGCGCCUUGCACAUCGAUCUAUUCCACAGAUAGUGGAAAAUGUUCUACCUCGGGUUUCUGAGCUUAUUACACCUCAAGACAUGUGUGAUAUAAUUGAAAGCCUCGACAAUAGCUUGGACGACUAUACUACGGAUGAACGCGGUGAUGUUGGCUCUUGGAUCAGGAUGGCUUCCAUCGAGGGCCUGACUUCGAUCUCUCUCAAUCUUCUAUCACAACGCCAGGCCAUAGACGCGGCAGGCUACCUACCUAUUGAGAAGUUCCAUCACUUUAUAGGGCGCAUCCUUCGUCAAGGAGUAGAGCGGCUAGACAAUGUCCGGCAAGUUGUUGGUGACUGUCUUCUCCGCCUUCUCGCAUUUUCGACUGCACACAUUAGCGGAGUAGAGCAAUGGCGGCUUAAAGGUGAAGACCUAAUGAGGAAGCUUUUCUCGAGUGAUGACGAACGUGUUGGAUGGGCCAACAGCGAUUGGCUUUUCCCGAGGGUUGUUGAGUUACUUGGUGUCCAGCAGUAUCGCAAGCAGCUGCUAUUGGGGCUCAUCUCGAGCGUAGGGACGAAGACCAGCAGCAUCCAACGACCAGCCUCGGCUAGUUUGGUCACAUACGCCCAAAACCUCCCAUUAUCUCGCACCGAGAUCGCUUACUCCCUAUCUGAGCUUUCAGUUGAUCUACUCGGUCUUGCCCAAUGUAAUCUGUCCUCGAACACAGUAGUCCUUCCUGUCCUGCAAACCUACAAUGUGUUGUUGGAGGCUGAUGCUCUUGGCCGUCUAGCGACUCUGCCAGAGGGGCUCCAGAACCUGAAGUCACUGCUUUCUUUAGUUUCGAGAGGUGUCCAACGGCUCAAAAACGUACAGCGCAUCUAUGAAUCGAUGAAAAUCACUAUCAAUUUGCUCGGAGUUCCAGAAAUAACGGACGAUUCCAUUCCAAGGCUUGUGGAGUAUUUGGGUCAUCUGUUCCCUCGCGUACGAGCUGCGGCUGCUGAGCACCUUUAUAUGGUUCUGCAAACGAAAGACUUCGAUUGGCAGACAGAUGAGAUUGAAGAGCUGCUCCUCGAGACUGAGUGGCCCAAUAUUGAUUUGGAUGAAGCAAAAGCGAAGGCUAGCGAUAUCGUCAAAAUAAUGAAGACGGGUAGCUGAAGUUUCAUUACUUUCUUGCACCCCUGUACAUGUACCACAUACGCCAGAUUUCUCAUUUGAUGAACCCAC